GGUGAAACCCACCAGGAGUUGGACUGGGGAGGCUUGGGUCCCCAUCUCCAGCUCUUCUUCUAGCCGUGUGGCCUGGACCAGUCUCAGUGCUGGGUUCUUCAUCUGGCGGCCACCCAGCCGGGCUGUUCCGGCCUUGCUUCUGAGCGGAAGGUCAGGCGUGCCAGGGAGGAGCUUUGUGGGGAAAGCAAAGGGGAAGCUGUCAGCGCCCGCUGUCCCCUCCUGUGAACUCAAGAGUUGCCGCGGACAAGCAGGCCCCCAGAUGGAGAGCCAGCCUCCGAGGUGGCGGGCCCUGCCGGACCCCCCACGCCCUCCUGGGCCUCCUGCAGCCCCCCGGCUCCUCCUUGGCCUGCUGCUGCUGCUGCUGCCCGGGACCCUACGACUGGCAGGAGGACAGUCAGUAACCCACACCGGCCUGCCCAUCACGGCCUCCCUGGCCAACACAUCUGUCUCCUUCAGCUGCAGGAUCACCUACCCGUACACCCCCCAAUUCAAGGUUUUCACAGUCAGCUACUUUCAUGAAGAUCUCCAGGGACACAGGAGCCCUGAGAAGCCGACCUACUGCCACCCUGUACGGGGCACAGAGAACAAGACCCGCACCCUGGACUGCCAGGUCAUCCUUGUGUUGCCGGGUGCGUCAGCCACUGGCACCUACUACUGCUCUGUCCACUGGCCACACGCCACGGUGAGCGGCAGUGGCACCUUCAUCCUGGUCAGAGAAGCAGAUGCGGGGUCCAGGGAUGGACCCCACCAGGAAGUGCUCAGAUCCAAGAUCUGCCAGCAGCCCCAAGCAGCCUCCUUCAGAAUCCGUCUACACAGCUCUGCAGCGCCGCGAGACCGAGGUCUACGCCUGCAUCGAGAGUGAAGAUGGCUGCCCACCCACCGCCAAGCAGAGCCCCCUCUCCCAGGAGAGACUGCAUAGAUUCAAAGAUGAUGGCGAACUUAACCUGGUCUAUGAAAAUCUCUAGGAUGGGCUCCACUGCCCACAGAGCUUGCCCUGGUCAGAGGACAGGGCAACCCCUGCUACCAAAGGACUUGACCUGAGUUGGGAGUAAGGCCGCCAGGGAUACCCAUCAUCUCACAUUCAAGGCCCUUCCCGCCUUGGCAUGCCCCACUGCCCCCAUUCUAUGCCCCAGCCGCCAAGGCUUUCCAUCUUGCGGCCUUUGCCCAGGCUGUUCCUUCUGCCAGGCAGGCCCUUCUUCCCUGGCCCAACCAGCAAAGUGCCCCUCAGUCUCCAAGGGCUUUCCUGGAUGCCACUCUUGCCCAGAGCCCUGCUCACCGCCUCACGCUUACAGAGCAGCAUGCUCUCUUGGCACCAGAGAGCUGGCACCUCAGCCAGCAGGGCAGCCUCUGAGCUGAGGGAGGUCCCUGCAAGGGCCCCUUAGCAGCGCUGUGUGGGGAGCCGAGGUGUGGAGGAGCUGGGGAGCAGCUAUGCAAACCCCUACCUGCCCAGCUGGGCCAGAGGCACGAGGCAGCCAGGCAGGGUGGGAGCAGGGGCUGGCAUGGGAGGUCUAGGGGACAGACAAGGAUGAUGGACCCCGCAGAAGCAAGACUGGGAUCAGGGACAGAUCUGGAGGCCCAGGACAUGGCUGAGAGGUGGUCAGCAGGCGGGGGGCAGAGAGGGCUUGGGUACAAGCCGGUGAGGAAGGAGAUUAUGGCAUGUUUGGGAUGAGGGCGGAGGGAUGGAUGAGGGGAGGAGCUGAAUGAAUGGCCUGAAGUUCCCCCUCCCCCAAGGGUCCCCGCUCCCAUUGGUCUGGCCCUGUAUGCGCACUGUGUCAUCUCCUUGGUCACCCUCUGCUCCAGGCCUGCCCCACUGCAGGACCUCAGCUGUCCCUCCUUCUACCCAACGUGCAGUCCCCCAAAGUCCCUUCUGUCUGGCCUAUCCUGUGCCCACCACCUGUGGCUUCAUCCAGUCUUCCUGCUCUCUUUAUCUGUCAUAGGCCCCAGCUCUGGCCCCCUGUGGAUUGAGGUCCCAAGUGGUCCAACUGUGGGGUUUGGUGCUGGGACCCUCAAGGGCAGCCGGAAGGUCCCUCUGAGGCAGAAGCUCUGGCCCCAUGGGGACAGUGGCUCCCUAGUGCCUGGCCCUGAGCCAUUUCUGCUGUUCUGAGUGCCCAUAUCACCCUCACUUCCUCCUCACAGCAGCCCUGCACUGUGGCCAGAAACGCAUCCACAGGCAAGCAGUGGCUGGGGGCCGGACGGCCCCGGGCUGUUAGGCUCUGCUUCCUCCUUCCGCUCCCCCAUGUCUCCCUGAGUUCUCCCACCUUUGCUCAUUUGUGAAAUGGGCAGGUCAAUCCUCCCGUCCCACCAUGUGGGAUGCCCCAACCCCAAAUGUGCCCAUGGUGAGGGGGGUACCCAAGGCACAGGCCCUGGCCCUGCCCCCAAGCAGCACUGGGCUACCAGCUCACAGAGGCACCUUUGGUUCUGCAGGUCACGCCCCUCCCUGCAGAGAAGGAAAGCUGGUGGUAGAGGCUGGGCACAGACUGGCCCAGAAGAAGUCCCUGGGCCCUGCUAGGGUGGCACCAGACUUCUCUGGUCCCACAGGACAGUCAGUGACCUCCCAGCUUGGUUCUGGGCCCCCGCCUGCAAGCACACACGGCAAGGAGGGCUUUUGCAGGCUCACAUAACCGAGUGGCAAGGCCCCUGCUCCCAGAGGCUGGAUUUGAAUGAACUCCAGGCCUGUUUGGGGAGGUGAAGCUGCCAGGUGUGCACAGGGGUCUCCCAGGCUCCUGGCUCCACCAGCCCGAGGCAGGGGCAAGGGUCAGAGCAAUGGGGGACAAUGCCGCUCAGGGUGCAGUGAGCUCCCCUGGGAAUACUGCAGCCAGCAAGACCAGGAGAGCGCCACCUCACUGGGCCUGCCUCCCCCACCUGGGCCUCUCUGAUCUCAGCUCCUGGACCCUGGAUCUCUGGCUAGGACUCAGUAUUUUCCAGUCUUUUUCAGGGGUAGAGAGGGGAGCCUGGGUUGAACUUUACCACCGUGCCCUGGCCCAGGCAUCACAAACACGGCCUCCCUGUGGCUGCCCUGACCCCGACAGAUCCCGAUUAAACCCACACCUGGCCUUGGCCCUCCCCUGCUCCAUACCUUGCAUGGUUUUUACCUCACUUGGAAUAAAAUUCCAACUCCUUCCUGUGGCCUAGGAGGUUCUUGGGGCUGACUCAUCACCCCUCUGGUGGACACAGACAUUGCCAGCGUGGUGGUCGUCUGUGCUUGGUUCAGGGCAAGGCUGGGAGGCAGUGGGUGCUGAAGUCUUCAGUGAGCAAGGAGAGAGGCUAGGAGGAGGAGGAGGAGGAGGGCACAGCAUGGAAGGACGGGACCCUAAAGGGCUUUGACCCAAGGGAGGGUGGGGUAAGAAUGUUCUGAGACUUCUGUGGGCGACAAAGAGGACUGAGCACCUGUUCCCCAGCUCCCAGGGCUGAGAGCCUGCAGAGACAAGCUGGGGCAGGGUGACGGGUGGCAGGGAACUUCAGGGUGGGAGGUGCAUGGGGCAGGCGGGAGGAGGAAGAACCGAGAGGGCAUGAAUGGAAGCUCCUGGGGUACAGGCUUGCUUUCCGCUAUGAAUGGGUGGAGGAGGGAAGAGAAGAAAAUUGCUUUUGAGAGCCACGCAGGCUGGGUGGCCCCAGGGCCUCCCUUGAAUCCCUGCUCCACCUCUCACAGGUGGACUUGUGGACUUGCGGAUUUGGGCAAGUCACUGGCCACCUAAGCCUCAGUUUGCAGUGACAGUUAAGACAGCUCAGGCCGGGCUUGGUGGCUCAUGCCUGUAAUCCCAGCACUUUGGGAGGCCGAGGCGGGUGGAUCACUUGAGGCCAGGAGUUCGAGACCAGCCUGGCCAACGUGGCGAAACCCCGUCUCUACUAUAAAAUACAAAAAUCAGCCUGGUGUGGUGGCAUGCACCUGUAGUCCCAGCUACUCGGGAGGCUAAGGCAGGAGAAUCGCUUAAACCUGGGAGGCAGAGGUUGCAGUGAGCCAAGGUGGCACCACUGCACACCAGCCCGGGUGACAGAGCGUGCUCUGUCCAAAGCAAAACACAAAUAAACAAAAACGCCACUCAGUGUCUCAGAAAGGACAGAUGGGGACUCCCUGGCUCAGGCAGAAGCUCAGUGGGUGUGCAUUUCCUUCAAGAUUCGUCCUUCAGAAGAUACAGGCUGCUGGGGCAGUACAGAGGGGUCUAAGUGAGAGGCAGGCCACCCUGGGAGCUGGGUCCCUGGGCUCUCUGCAGCCAUGCCUUUAAGGAGUGCCUACGGGGUAGCACGAUCAGGUGGACAGGCCAGGGCUGCCCAGAGCUGGGGGUGGGGGCAAGUUAAGCAGAGAAGUGAGGGGAGGAGGGUGCUGGCUUAGCAGGAGCUGAGUGAAUGGGCCUGGAGGGGAAAAGCUAAGGGCAGGGGUGGCUUGAGUGGAGUCGGUGAGGCCCAGGUGAAGGGGAGCUGUGGACCUUCCAGGACCGGCGGAUGUGAGCAGUCCUCGGUGGGGACUGGGGUUAGGGUGGGGAAGGGAAGCCCCAGGCAGCCCUGCAGGCCCCUUCCCCUUCCGGCAGGGCAGCCGUGUCUCUGGGUCUCAGCUGAUGCUUCCCUUCGCCCACUGGCCCCUGGCCUAGUGGGAUUUCCCGCCGUCUCUCUGGGCCCAGCCUGCCCUGCCCUCCUAGGUCUUCCCAACCUCCCCUCUGCAGAAACAUCUCAGCCAUGUCUGGCCACCCAGGCUUCCCUGCCCGCCUCUAGGAAAUUGACCCCUUCGGUGGGUUUCAGCCUCCAACACGCCCCGCCCCGCCCCCGCCACUUGGCUUCUGCUCUAUCAGCGCUUGCUUGAGAAAAUCAUCCUGGGAAACCAGCCUCUGGGAGCAGCGGCCUUGCCACUCUGUUCUGUGAGCCUGCGGAAGCCCUCCUUGCCAUGUGUGCUUGCAGGCAGAGGCCCAGAACCAAGCUAGGAGGCCGCUGGCUGUCCUGUAGGACCAGGGAAGUCUGGGGCCACCCUAGCAGAGGGCCCAUGGACUUCUUCUGGAGGUUAGUCUGUGCCCAGCCUCUACCACCAGUUCAGAACUUGAAGUGGGUGUGCUAAGCGAUGGCCCCUCCUCAGCAAACAUUUCCAGAAGAUUCUGGCAGCAGAGUUUCCAUGGGAACAUGCGCCAGUGCUAUGCUGAACCCAGUGGGGCUGGGGUUCCCUUUCAGCCAAUAUUGCAGGACCCGAGCCUGGUGGCCUUGGCCAGGGUAGGCAGUGCUCUUGCCACCCACUCUCACAAACCUGAACUCAAAGAACUCAAGUUACGGGCAAAACCUGCUUUUCCUUUUUCUUCUUCUUCUUUUUUUUUUUUUUUUUUUUAAGCACAUUCUAAUUUAAAGGCCAUGCUCCAUUCUAAAGAUGCCUCUGGGAUUUCAGGGAUGGAUUUUUAUGUAGCUCAAUAGUUUUCUUGGCAGACAGCUUCUGCAGGAGAGGUGGGCCGUUGGCUCAGUCCAGCCAGGCUGAGUGGCGUCACUCCGUUCCUCGCAAUGCUAGGGGAUGUCAUUUGCCCACCUGAGGGGCUUCCCCAGUCUCCCUUCCCUGACCUGUGGUCAGAAUGAUGGCCUCAGCCUUGACUGAGAAGGGUCAAGCCAGACUCUCUGCACUUGGUGUUCGCGUGUGUUUUGUGUGUGUCUGGAGGUGACAUAUGUGGGUGACAGAGGCAUAUGUUGCAGUGAAACAUUAAAACUACAGCAAAGUGAAA